GAGGGAAUGAGUUUCCCAAUGGACACCGUUCUGCAACAGAUCUUCAAAAUUAGUGUGGCGGAAAACACAUCCUCCGCCUCGAAUUCUAGUGGAGCAUUUCAACGGGAUGCUCCAAACAAUCUUUCGUCCUUCAUCGGCUUGUUCUUUUCGUUCUCGGCGCUGCGCGACUGGCUGAAGCUCAUCGUGAUCGGGGGGGUUAUCGAGACGUGUAGACGAUCUCUUUUCAUGCUGUACGACAAGGCCAUGAGAUCUUUUUGGAUGAACGCAUAUUUUGAGGACGAGGAUGCUGUCUACGAUUGGAUGAUGCUUUGGCUCGCUAAGCAGCCUUCAUGGAAAAAUAAACGCGAUGUUGAGAUCAGCACACAUACCUAUGGCGCCAAUAUGACAUCCAUUCAGUUGAACGGCGAGGACAACGCCACCGCGUUCUACAAGUCAUCUCGCAAGUUGACCUAUCUGCCCUCUCUCUCAACGACGUAUAGCCUUUGGUACAGAGGAAGGUACAUGACCAUCACGCGUACCCAGCAACAGACUGGAUGGUACGGACACAAAGAAAGGACUUUGCGUAUCAGCAUCUUGACGAGGCGCCAAAGUCUCUUGGUAGAACUUCUGCAGGAAGCGAGAGACGCGUAUCUAGCCGAUCAAGCCCAUAGUAUGUGUGUCUUUGUGUCAGAUGUAAACAACAAUUGGAAACACGUUGCUUGUCGUCCCAAAAGAAGUAUGAGGUCAAUUAUCUUGGAUCCUGGCGUGAAAGACAUGCUGCUUGAAGACGCCCGCGACUUCUUGGCAAGUAAGGCAUGGUACGCGGAACGCGGAAUUCCUUUCAGACGCGGUUAUCUGUUGUAUGGAGCACCUGGCAGUGGGAAGACAUCGCUUAUCCAUAGCAUGGCAGGUGAACUAGGUCUCGAUGUCUAUAUCGUCUCGCUCUCGAGGGCCGGACUUGAUGAUAACUCUCUUGGAGAACUGAUCAACGAGUUGCCCGAGAGAUGUAUUGCCCUCAUGGAAGAUAUUGACGCCGCGUUCACCCACGCGGUUUCUCGAGACUCGGCCCCAUCAACAUCCAUGUCGAGUACCCCUGGGAACGUGAAUCCACCCUCUUCCACAGGUAAUCUUCCGGUUCCUGGAGUGGCGGCUAGCAGACUCAGCCUGAGUGGGCUUCUCAAUGCACUAGAUGGCGUUGGUGCCCAGGAGGGACGCAUUUUGUUCGCCACAACCAACAAAUAUUCCUCUCUGGACCCUGCUCUCUGUCGCCCAGGUCGUAUGGACGUCCAUGUUGAAUUCAAACUUGCUAGCAAGUUCCAAGCGACGGAAUUGUUUGCAAGGUUUUACAAUCCCUUCGAACACUUGGAGACAAAGGAAGAUGGCCAUGGUGGCGAGAAGGAAAUUGAUUCUGGGUAUGGAUCUGCAGAUGGUGAUGCUGAAGGCUCGGUCAAGGAAGAAUCUGCCGGACCGGAAGAUAUCGACACGAAGGCGCUUAAUCAUAGUACUCCAAAACUGUCGAAUGGACAGAUACGAACGAUGGCGGUCCAGUUUGCUGAUGCACUUCCUGAUCGGGAGUUUUCGAUGGCAGCUUUGCAGGGAUAUCUGAUGCUGUACAAGACAAGACCAUUUACGGCCGUGCAGAAUUUCGAGGAAUGGAUCAGGACGGAGAGAGAGGAUCGGGGAAAGAGGGAGAAGGAGAAGAAAGAGGAUGAAACAAAGGUUGAACGCGAGAGAAAGGAGAAGGAAGACAAGGAGAAGGAGGAGAAAGACAGAAAGGAAAAAGCAGACAAGGAAGACAAGGAAACUCGAGAGAAGAUGGUGAAAGAGAUGAGAGAGAAGGUGGAGAAGGAGGUGCGAGAGAAGGUUGAGAACGAAAUGAGAAUUGUGAUGGAGAAUGAACUAAGGCAGAAAAUCCCGACAUAAUAUGAUAACCAUUUUGACGAUCGACCGUGUAACAGUACAUCUAUUACCUAGCUAUUGCUCCACGCUAUAUGUAUUUUUCUCUAACUUGAG